ACAUAACGUCGUUUUCCUCUGGUAUUUGUAUGCUAAUGAGGCUCCUCCAUUCAUGUGCGUUCGGUCCGUAGUAAGACAUGCGCAGUACGGAGGAAUAGACGGACGGAAUUUCAAAGUUUCCGACGGAUGAACCAGACAUGUUUGGAUUUCACAAAUCCAAGAUUUAUCGUAGCCACGAAGGCUGCUGCAUUUGCAAGACCAAGUCGUCCAGCUCCCGCUUCACAGACAGCAGCAGAUACGAGGAAACCUUUCGCCUCUGCUUCGGUUUAUCUGAAGACCGAGUCGGCGACAUCUGCAAUGCCUGUGUAUUGCUCGUAAAGCGAUGGAAAAAGUUACCACACGGAUCCAAGAAGAACUGGAGUCAUGUGGUGGACGCGAGGGCUGGACCUGGCUUCAAGUUGACGAAGCCCAAAAAAGUGAAGAAUAUCGACGGGAAGAAGAAAAGCAAGCUGAAGAAGCUGCACAAGUUUAAACGGCAAAACUCUGAUGCCCACAGCACUACAUCCAGCAUGUCUCCGUCUCAGUCUCCCAGCCACAGUAACCAAUCAGAUGACGGCUCAGACGUCGAGACCAAGCAAAGACGCCCAACUCCAGCAGGCUUCUCAUUCCUUGACCUCUCCUACUGGAAAAGACAGAAAGUGUGCUGCGGCAUUGUUUAUAAAGGCCGUUUUGGCGAAGUCAUCAUCGACCCUCGCCUCUUCAAACCCUGCUGCGGCCCCAAGCAGCACCCGGCGGCGGCAGUGACGGCGUCGUCGCCCGCAACGGACUCCCCGUGCACCGCCGACACGCUGCCGUCCCCCCUCGCAGAGGACUUGAAGGAGACCUGGUGACCUUGUUGCACCUCCGAGCGUCUCCUCGAGGCUCAGUCACUUUGUCUCCAGUGGCAGACUCUACCAAUCCAACAUGACUAUAUAAAUGCUGAUUCCUGCUUUUUUUUUUUGUUGUUGUUUUUGGGGAAUUCCUUUGAAAAAAAUUUUUUUUUAAAAAAACAAAAAAUCAAUUAAAAAAAUUAAGUAUGGGCAUUAGUAAAUAUUCAUAGGAUCAGGAUUCAAUUGACGGUUUAAGACGUGUAAUCCAUUUUGUGUCUUUUUUUUUUUUUUUUUUUUUAAUUAUAUUUUUUAUAUAUAUAUUUUUGGCACUGUAAAAUAUUUUGCAUUUUUGUAGUGCUUGUAAAUAUUUUUUUCUUCUUCUUCCAAUUCCAGUGCACCAAACGCCUCCUACCUGGCUCCUAGUUUCCUGUUUGUAAAUUAAGUAUAAAUGUUCAUGAAAUACGGCAUAUUGAUGUGUCCCCUGAUGUUGCUCAGUGUGUUAAAGAAAUGGUUUGAAUUUUUUUAAACACAUCAGCUCUAUUGUGUCUACGAGUCCAUCUGAUCUAGACGGCGGUGGUAGAGCGGACGGUUUUAUGACGAUGUUUUGCUCGACGAGGUUCGAACGAGCUGCUUAAUACAGUAGUCGUGAAUACCGCUCGGUUUGUGUCCAUUAAAUGCAUGUGUCUCUUGUUUGAUCUCUAAUUCCUGGUUGCUGUUGUCACAAAAUGCAGGGCACAAACCUAUUGAUGGUCCAUCCAAAAAUAAAAGUGCAUGCUAAUAUAAUGAUUAUUUAUUAUAGCAUGCUAAGACAGCAUGUUCUAAAUGCAUCUUGGGUUAUAUUGCUUAACGUUUCAGUGUGAUGGUUUUGUUUUUGUCUGAUUUUUUAAAUUCUUGAUCAUCAGUGAUUGUUUCACUACAGGUUAUAACAACAUCUGUUGAUUGUGAUUUUUUUCCUUUAAAGGAAAAACAGCAGCAGCUUCUAGACACUGCCUGCUCCUCACUUGUGUAAAUUGUGUUCAUGUACAAAAAGAAAUUCAGCAAUAACUGUUUGCAUCAUAAUAGUGUGCAGUUUAGGAAUUCUACAAUGUGAUGGCUUUUUUUUUGCCUUUUUGCGACGGGUUUUCUCUACUCAGGCAGCUUAUAAUCCGAAGUAACGGUGCAAAGAAAUUCACAUUUUUUUUAAAUGACUCGUUUUGUAGGAAAUAAGAAAUGACAUUCGUUUUAUUGGAACGAACAGCAAUAGCGCUCUCUGGCUUCCAGUCUACCAAGUUGGUCAUUUGCAUAAGGUCAGUAAGGUUCAGGGAAACUAUUUUACUCGGUACAUUUUCAGUCACUGUUAAUGUGCCUUAUGGAGAGAUUUUAACCGAACAUGAAUUUGUCUUUUUCUAAUUUAUACUAUUUAUUCAAACAUGUCUGUACAAUUGAUGCUGUAAAGAGGUUUUGUGCACUUUUUUAUACAUUUAUAAUGUUUUUUUUUUUAAUCUUGAUUGUCAUUACAUCUUCAAUUUAAUAAAUCUUUGU